AUGGAUAGGGAAGCUCUAGUCCUUUCUGCUUACAGUGCUGAUAGUUCCAUCUCGGAACCAGAUCGAGUUGAGACCUUGGAAGGGAAGGGAUUAAUCGGAGUUCAAAAGGAAAAGCACGGAGACUACGGGUCGGAUAUCGGCUAUUCGGUCUACUUCCUAAGUCAGUCCGCAAGCAUACAGGGGAGAUGCAAUCCUGAAGAAGCACAUGAUUAUCGGUCGACUGAUAGCGUGGAGUGGAGAUCUACUCGCGAUUCAUCUCAAACAACUAUUCAAAAACAUGAUGACAAAGCAUCGAUAAUGCCAGAAAAGCAUGCACUUGAGCUUGUACUCGAUACACUGCAAAGGAGAGACAAUUAUGAAAUAUUUGCCGAACCAGUUGAUCCCGACGAGGUGGAUGAUUACUCUGAAAUCAUUAAAGAGCCGAUGGAUUUUGGGACGAUGAGGGCUAAACUACACGAAGGGAUGUACGAGAGUCUUGAACAAUUCGAGCAUGACCUGUUUUUGAUACCAGAGAAUGCAAUGCAUUUCAAUUCAUCAGCCACCGUUUAUUUCAAACAGGCUCGUGUUCUAUACGAAUUAGCAAAGAAGGUUUUCGAUGCCCUUAAAGCGGAUCCGAAAAACUUUGUUUCUAAAUUUUCGGGUACGACAAGGAGAUCGAUGAGGAAAGCACUUAUGAACAGAAGCAACGACAAAGAGACGUGUCUCAAAGACACGAAAACUCGUCGUAAUGUUUUUUCCAAGUGCAACAGCAAUAGGAACAACAAUCGAAAUAUCAUUAGUCAUACAUCUAACAACAAAGGGGGAAGAGAAGACAGAGAUGACAGGUUAGUCGAAUCAGCAAUAUUAUCAUGUAAACGUCGCCAAACGCAUGAUUAUGGGUCAUCUUCAUCCUUGUACCACCUAUUCCAACACAACUCAACACCAUCCCUUGUGAUGAUGAAGAAUGGGGGAGAGUAUAGCUACAAGGAUAGCUUAAUGUUGUUUGUCAAGGAUUUGGGACCAACAGCACAAAUGGUUGCAAAGCGCAAGUUGUUAGGGGACUCGAGUAAUAAUGCUCGGGUUGAGUUGAGCUCCACAUCUAUUGCUCCCAUGCAAGAGAAACCCAAUGCUCGUUUAUCUGAUCAAGUAUUGUUAUUUAAGACCUUCCGAGACUUUGCUCCAACAGCAGGCAACAAAAGCAAUCCUUUACUCUACCUCCACAAAAAAAACCCAGUAUUUGCUUCGACUCAAGAUACUCAAAAUGAUACUCGAAAUGCGGGAGAGAGAGUAAAAAUAAGUUGUGACCAUGAAUUCGGAGUGAAACAGAAAACCGAGAUGUUCCAUAGUAGUCAUUGCAACAGUAGGAUCACCAAAAAAGACGUUCCUAGUAAUAGUAUUAGAUCAUCGGAUGAUAAUGUUCGGCCAGUCAUACUAGCUUUAGAGAACUAUUGUCAUUCUAAUACUGCAAAUGCAAUGGAUUUUAAGUUGAGGAACAAGAGAAUGUUAACAAUAGCCGCUGAUGAGCAGCAGAGGGGGAAUCCAUCAUCCAACUCCUUCAGUUUCGACCUUUCUUUUCUAAGAGCACGCCUAAAUCAGAUGAAAGCACCAACACCAUCACUUUACAGAGGAGGAUUCAAUUUGGCAAUCGAGCCUCCUAUUCCAAAUAACAGUUCAUUCGAUUCUCACUUGCCCCUUCGGCUUCUUUAA